AUGAGCACACGCGUCACCAGAGCCGAAACACGCAGGAGGAUGGCGGCCCUCCAGGAACCUCGCCCGGGGCAAGGAUGGUCGGAGACCCGGCCUACCCGAGCUUCGCGGCGGGCCCUGGAGCGGACUCGAGGCGAGGACUCCGCACCGGAACCCGCGGUGAGCGACGACAGCGACGUGGAGGUGAUCGGCGAUCCCGCCGUCGAGGAGAGAGAGUGGCGACUCCGGAAGGCGGCGGCGGGCGGUCGGAUACCGCGCGGGACGACGGACGUCGGAGGAGAGGAACUCCCGAGGAGCCACUCGGAGGCGGUCUGUCGGGCCGCCGAGGAGUCUCGGAAGCGGUUCCGAGACCGGGAGCCGUCGGACGAGGAGCAGCAACGGUCGACGGAGGAGGAGGCAAGAAGGCAGGCGCGGCUGCGGCAGGACCACGAGGCGGCGGCGGCGCGGUGGCAUGCCCGCUUGCGAGAGGCGGAGGAAGAAGAGCGACGGAUGUGGGAGGCACAGGUGGAGGACGCGUGGGAGGUGCCACUCACCCCCAGAUACGCGGCCGAGGAACGCAGCCCGAGGGACGAGGACGAACCACGCGCGCCAUCCCCUCCGCGGUGGUUACCCGAGGUGCCACCCACUCCCCGCUACGAGGGGGAGUGGCUCACGGACGGCGACGAUGGAGCACCGUUGGCCACGCCGCCGUGGAGGCCGGCCCGGCCACCCACGCCGCGAUACACGGAGCCACGACGACCGGAGGAGCAGACGCCGAGCGAGGAGUCGACCGCGCAGCCGAUGCCGCAACCGGAGGAGGAGGACGUCCACCAAGCAAGGGCGGACGAGCCGUCGGUGGUGCGGACGGAGGUGCCGGCCGCGCACGUGAGCCACAGCACACGGGCGUUCGAGGCCGAGGGCAUGCGGUGA